AUGGAGUGCUCCUUCCAGUCCAUCUUCGGGUCCAGCGCGUCCAGUAUCAUAUUCGAGGGUGGGGCGGUUGGUCCAGAGGAUGUGGUUAGGUGCACUGGCAUGGACUACAGUUUUGAAGAAGUGAAGCGCAUCAUACUUUCGAAGCUAGGUUUGUCUGCAAGCGACCUGGAAAGCAGCGCUGACGAAGAAGAUACGAGGGAGAACGUCGUGACCAAACCGCCUGAUGACUUGGAUGUCUCUCCACUUGAUGCCUCCUUGAGUGAUGUCAUUACCGGUCCACCGGCUUUCACAUCCACCCAGGUUCACGACUUGACAGCCAUCAAUUUCUCCCCCGUUACGCUAUCGCCUGAAGCUACUAUUUCCAAUAUUCCAGCACACAGGGAGCCUCUGAAGACAUCAACCAAAACCGUAACUGACACGAGGAUUGGCAUUUCGGCUGCGGACUUUGAUCUCGGAAACUUGGUGUCUUCUUUUUUGGAUGAUAUUGAGACUGACAUAUUUUCAGACCCAGCAAAGAAAGUCAAAAAGGCGGCCCCUGGGCCUGCCAAAAACUCUUCCAAUCCAAAUGCUCGGACCACAUUGCUUGACACAAUGUGUGAACUGGCAGAAACGCCCACUCCAAAGUUUGAACCCAGCAUACACACAUCUCCUUCUCCGGUCACCAGUCGUACUAGCAUUAAAGAAAAGACCUCCAGCCGCUUGGCUAUUCAGUCUUCCCACUCUGAAGUUUCUCCUGUACCGAACCGACAGCCGUCACCUUCCUCUCCAGCGCAACCGACCCUAACCGAAAUCACUGCGGCGGUCAGCAAUAAUCAAUCGGAUAGUCGACCAAGUGGAGAUUCUCGUCUGAUUAGAACUGUUGAACCAGGGGUCGCCGUAGAUCCAGUCCUAACUACAAGAGUACGUCGCAAACUCUUGAGUUUUCAGUUCCAGCCUAAAGAAGCUGACUGCCUCCAACCACCCAAAACAUCACACACCGAACGGUCCGAAUUGGCGUCGGCAGCAGACCUGCAUUUAGAAUCAGACGAUUACAUGACUUUGGGACCCCUAUGUUCCUCUAGGAAACAGAAUGAAACAAACACGGCUACAUCGUCACGCACCGCGAAGCUGCAGUCGCCGGCACGAAAAUUGGUGGGCUUUGAUCAAUUGCAGUCAGAUGAAUGGUCACUCUCAAACAUGAAUUUUGACAUAGACUUUUGA